ACCCUGCAUCUCGGAGUAUUCCUGAGAUUUCCUUCCGCACCAUUUCACGCCAUGGAGGGAGAGCAGGCGACAACUGGGAGCGACAAGAUCAAAAAGCGUGUUGCCAAUGCGUGCCUAAGAUGCCAGAGACGAAAGAUUCGAUGUGAUGGAGAAACGCCCAGCUGCACACCUUGCAUAGAGCAAAGCACGGCGUGUGAAUAUAUAGAGCGAAGAAGACGCGGGCCAGGGAAGAGCAAGCAAUACAUCCAUAUGCUAGAAGAGCGGUUGAGUAAGAUAGAGUCUUCGCUUGGAGAGUUGCCUGUCGCCAAGCCCUCACAAGAAUCGACAACUGUAUCUCAACCACCUGACGUGGAUCCCAGAGGCCACUUCGAUGAUAAUGGGAACCAUUUUGCGAACCUUCCGGGAGACAUAUCGACUGGCCUGCAAGUAGAACCUACCAUAAUCCUUGGGCCAUCUCCCUCUACCGUGCCGACCGCAAGUACAAAACCAACUUCCCUAGCAGUUUUGGAAAACUCAGAGGCACCAACCGGUUUUUUGGAAUCAUUGGACAUCACGAGUGACAUUGAGUUCCAUGCCCCGUACACCGAAGAGUCCCAGCACCCCUCAGUGCCGCUUCCAAAACUGCCAGGAAGUCAAUCUGAUGUGGAUUUGUUUCGGUCUCAAUUGGACCCCAGUGGAUUCAGAAGACAAGUAUUCGCCUCUGUGGAGAACCAAUUCCUCUUGCAACAUUUUGUUGCAAACGCACUGGACGAUUUCAACGUCUUCUACCCGCUCUUUACGGUAAGAUCUGCCUCGGAAUUACUCCAGCAACAGUUCCUUGCUGGCCCAAGAAAUUGCAAUGAUAGCCCGCCGAGAUGGGCUAUUAUAAAUGGCCUUAUUGCAACUGCAAUACAGUGGAAAACAGAUCCCUGUGCCCACAGUCAGUUAACCCCCAUUGCUUGGGGUUAUUUUAAGAACGCAUUCGCUAUGUUCCCAGAGCUUCUUAUCAGAGGCAGCGAUAUCUCAACUUGUCAAGCACUACUUUCUAUGGCUAUAUUCAUGCAUGGAACUGCGGAUGCUCGGACUACUUCGAGUAUAACCGCAUCUCUCGCCAGAGCGCUACAGGCUGUCGGUCUACAUACUACAAGAUGGUAUGAGAAACUAGACCGUACAACAGCUGAGCAGCAUAGGAGAGUGUUUUGGAUUGCUUAUUGUAUUGACAGCGACCAAAUGAUGAAGCAAGGACUACCAUCCACAUUCGGCAAUGAUAUAGAGAUUGAUCUCCCUAUCAUUAACAUAUCCGACGGUCCAAGCGAUUACACAAUCCCAGGCACACAAGAGAGGAUAAACGUCUUGCGAUGCAUGGCAGGACUUACCAUGAUCCAGUCGCGCAUUUCCGCGGAGCUUUACUCUCAGCGGGCCCUCAAAAUGAACGGCACGCAACUCCAGGGCGCAGUAGCCGAGCUGAAUCAUCAGCUAGACAUGUGGAAAAUGAGCCUGCCCGCUCAUAUUCGACCAAAUUAUGAUAGUUCCCCGGCUAGUUCACAGCUAGAACUCCCAGUUCUUUUGCUGCCCAUUAUGUAUUACACUGUAGCCGGGAGAAUCAACAUGGCAACAAUUCGCAACGGGCACUCAAAUAACGACACAUUCAACUUGCUUGCACAGGUCCCUAACGCUGCAGCUCGGUCGACUCUCCGGCUUAUCCUGACAAUGUCACCGCCGCCAUUCAGCCUCACCUGGUAG